UCGCGGCGGCCGUUGGGCGUGCUUUGGUUUAGUGGCUCCAUCCAUUUUGGCCGUGGUUCGCGGUCGCCUCUAGGGCUUGAAGUGCCCGCCAAGUCGGAACUGGCCAAGAACAAUGCUGCCCGGUCCACUUCGACUUUAAGGCUAGAGGAGGGUCUCCGACCUUUUUCAGGUUGCUGACAGCGUCCAGCCCGAGGCAGCCAUGGCCACGGGCUUCUCCUUCGGGUCCGGGACGCUGGGUUCCACCACCGUUGCUGCGGGUGGGACCAGCACUGGCGGCGGUUUUUCUUUCGGGACUGGAGCAUCUAGCAACCCUUCUGUGGGGCUCAAUUUUGGAACUCUUGGAAGCACUGCAACUCCAGCAACUACGUCUACUUCUUCUGGUGGUUUUGGAACUGUACUCUUUGGAUCUAAGCCUGCCACUGGGUUCACUCUAGGAGGAACAAACACAGGAAUAGCAACAACUAUAACUACAGGACUAACUCUGGGAACACCAGCCACUACAUCUGCAUCUACAACUGGCUUCAGUUUAGGAUUCAAUAAACCUGCAGCAUCUGCCACACCAUUUGCUCUUCCUAUUACUUCUACCUCAGCAAGCGGUCUCACUCUUUCAUCUGCUCUGACAUCAACUCCAGCAGCAUCCACUGGAUUUACUCUAAAUAAUCUGGGAGGAACAACAGCCACAACUACAGCUGCAUCAACAGGCCUUUCUUUAGGGGGAGCCUUAGCUGGUUUGGGAGGUUCACUUUUCCAGAGUACAAACACAGCAGCAUCAGGACUUGGACAAAAUGCUUUAGGCCUGACUUUGGGAACUACAGCAGCUACUUCAGCUGCAGGCAAUGAAGGCCUUGGUGGUAUAGAUUUUAGUAGCUCAUCAGAUAAAAAGAGUGACAAAACAGGAACAAGACCAGAGGAUAGUAAGGCACUGAAGGAUGAAAAUCUACCUCCUGUCAUCUGCCAGGAUGUUGAAAAUCUCCAGAAAUUUGUGAAGGAACAAAAACAGGUCCAAGAAGAAAUUAGUAGAAUGUCUUCAAAAGCAAUGCUUAAAGUACAAGAAGAUAUUAAAGCUCUGAAGCAACUUCUAUCAUUGGCUGCCAGUGGAUUACAGAGAAACACUCUUAAUAUUGAUAAAUUGAAAGUAGAAACUGCUCAGGAGUUAAAGAAUGCUGAAAUAGCUUUAAGAACCCAAAAAACACCACCUGGACUUCAGCAUGAAAAUACAGCUCCUGCUGACUACUUCAGAAUCUUGGUUCAGCAAUUUGAGGUACAGCUCCAACAAUACAGACAGCAGAUUGAAGAACUAGAAAACCAUCUUGCCACCCAAGCAAAUAAUUCACAUAUAACCCCUCAAGAUUUGUCAAUGGCUAUGCAGAAAAUUUAUCAAACAUUUGUAGCUUUAGCUGCACAACUUCAGUCUAUUCAUGAAAAUGUAAAGGUACUCAAAGAACAGUACCUUGGCUACAGAAAAAUGUUCUUGGGAGAUGCUGUAGAUGUAUUUGAAGCCAGGCGAGCAGAAGCUAAGAAGUGGCAGAAUGCACCCAGAGUUACUACUGGACCAACCCCUUUCAGCACCAUGCCAAAUGCAGCAGCCGUUGCCAUGGCUGCAACACUUACGCAGCAGCAACAGCCUGCUACAGGGCCACAGCCAUCUCUGGGAGUUAGUUUUGGAACGCCAUUCGGCUCAGGUAUUGGCACUGGCUUGCAAUCAAGUGGCUUAGGUUCUUCAAACCUUGGAGGAUUUGGAACUAGCUCUGGUUUUGGAUGCAGCACCACAGGGGCCUCCACAUUUGGAUUUGGAGCAACAAAUAAACCCUCAGGAAGUCUUAGUGCAGGCUUUGGCAGCUCAAGUACAUCUGGGUUUAACUUCAGCAAUCCUGGCAUCACGGCAUCAGCUGGUUUGACAUUUGGGGUGUCCAAUCCUGCCUCUGCAGGUUUUGGAACAGGAGGACAACUCCUUCAAUUGAAGAAACCUCCAGCUGGAAACAAAAGAGGAAAAAGAUAAACAUAUGGGUUGAUGUAUUAAGAGAAUCCUCAGCAGCACCGUUCAUUCUGAAUCUAUUUUUCUAAUGAUGCAUUAAUUAAAUUGCAUCCCAGGAGAUUUAUAAAGUUUUGAUAUUUUUCCCUACUCUGGAAUUUGAACUUUGUUUGCCAUACUGAACAUCUCUUUCUUGUGAAUUUGAACUCCAGUUGUGGUGGGUUUUGUUUUGUUUUUUUGUCCCCCCUCCCCAUUAUUUUUGAUUCUCCGUGUAAGAAAUGUUGUGAUUACAUCACUAAUAGUAGUUUUAAAAAAUUAACCUAACGCCUAUUAUUUAACCUAGUAUUAAUAGCAAUGUUUUUGUUGAUAAGGUUUACAUUAUGUGAAUAUAUGCACAUUGGUUUCUUAUACCGGUGGUAUGAAUUCUAGGGCCUAUAAUAGAAGUAGUUUGUUAAAGGCCUUUUGAACUACACUGCAGGGCAUCUUGUGAAUAUGUAUGUAAAUAUACAGAAUAAAACACACAAUUGUGUGUGCAUAUGAAAUAUAUAUUUACAGAUCUACAACUUUUGCCUCAGACUGUUCCCCUUUUUUAAGGGUAUUCAAUUUUUCACCUAAAAGCUUCAAAUCCUCACUGCUUAUAGAAUGAUGAGCUACAGGUACCCUGUCAUUUCAUUUGUUUGCUUAAAGAUUUAUUAAAUGGUUACUGAUAUAGUUUGACCAACUCAAUUUCAUUGUCCCAGUCUUAUCCAUUUUGUUUCCUCCUAUCCUUUAGCAGCUACUCUGAAUGAGGAAUGCUGUAAGACUCAUCAAACAAAAUUUAACAAUUUUUAUUAUCCUAUAAUAGUCUCAUAUUGCUUCUAUGAGAUCUUUUUUCAUAUAAGAUGGACCUUCAGGAGCAUAUUUGAACUCCAGACUAGUGUUCUGGGGGCAAAGAGCUAUUAAGCCAAAUUGACUCUAUGCAGGUGAAGGAUGCACUAUUAUUUUAAUGAGAACUUUUCUAGCUAUUCCAAUACAGAGUUCUUUCUUAUAGGGCUAAUGAUAUUGACACCAAAUGGAGUGGCUUUGUAGCCUCUUAAUGUCUUAAGUAAGUGCUUAACUUGGAAUAGAGAAACAAUAUAUUUUAAGAAAGAAAAAUAUUCUUUAUAGCAACUAUAAACAAUCCCCAGUUUUAACAGUGAACACAGCUCCAGGUAAUAAUGCAUAGGCAUGUUAAGUUGCAUCUGUGUAAUACUGUCUAUAUUAGUAUUAGUGGUGUCAAGUAGAUAAAAAGAGAACAUUGGAAAGAGAACUGCCUUAGCCAUGAUUUCAGAGAGAAAACAUUAGGUAGACCUAUUUAUCUUUCAAGUACAGUUUUCAGAUGGGCUGUAAACAUGGAAUUUCAUUGAAAAUAGUUUAAUUUUUUAUAUAGAAGUUUUUGUACAUAAAUGUGCAUCAGUGAAUAUUUUCAGAAUCAUUUUCACCAACGCACCUUUUUUCUAAAAUAGUAUUGCAUAUAUAAAUAUAUAUAUAUACACACACACACAUAUAUAUUUUAGUAUAAUGUUAGUUGGGUUUGAUUAUAAAACUGUUGUCAAAUCUGUUUUAUUUAUCUGCAUAUAGCAAUGAUUAGCUUUUUUGAAUUGGUCUUUUGUUUUUCUGUGUCUUGCAUUAAAAUUAGGAAAAUUAUUUUGUCUCUGAGCACUAAACAUGUUUUUAUUCUUGCAUAUUUCUCUAUUAUUGCAAUCCCCAGAUCCAGAUCAUGGGGGAGCUUAGGAAAAAAAGGUGUGAUUUUAUUUUGAAUUACUGUCAGAGUUACAUACAGUUCUCUGUAACUUUUUUUUUUUUAAGGACCUUGCAUUGUGCUGCAAAAAUCUGAAUAUUUAUAUUUCUUGGUUUUUUUCCUCAUACAUUUUACAUUUUAAUAUGUGGAACCACUGGAAAUUUGUAACAGAUUAAUUUGUGAUGGCAGUUUUAAGUGUGUUGUCAUUGUCUCCAUUGUCUUCACUUUGUCUAGAGCCUAUUAUGGAAACAAUAAAAUUUAUUGUGUCGGUUGCUUUGAA